GAAUUCAGAGCUAUCGAACGAUUCCUCUACAAAUGAACACAUUGGGACAUGAACAUCAAUAUCGGAGUCGGAGAGGCGUGUGGAUGGUAGGUAGAAGGAAUAUUCUUUCCCUUCCCCCCACCUUCUGAGAACCGAGUACCAUCCGUCUCCAUCCUUGGCGUAAGAUACAAGUGCCUCCUCGAUUCGAGAACCCCACUGAAUGCACACUCGGCUCAGAACCUUCGCUGAUUCAUUCCACGCUUAUCAUCCAAUGAUGGUUUCGUGCACUUAGAGUAUUCUUUGCUCGCGAUGACGAAGGAAGGACUCGUGGCCGCCGACUCGUUCGUUCGGACAUCGUUUUCGGGGCUUUUCAAUAACGUUGUGAUUAGGUAAAUGACCUUAGAGUCGAGAGAUCGAUGUUCUCAACGAAAACCGAUCAAAACCAUCUGAGUCAAAAAUUCGUGCUCACGGCUAGUGAAAAGCGAAAGUAUCGAGAGAGCAACCCACUCCCAAGUGUGCCUUAUAUUCCUCCACCCCUGCCCGAAGACGCUAAGAAAAUAUUACUCGUCCUAGAUCUCGAUGAAACGCUUAUCCACGGGACGUAUUGCAUGCCACCCAAGUACGACUUCCGAUUCGAGCUGAAACUACCGCAGAGCAAACGAGUUAUGAAUGUUUACGUGCUCGUUCGACCGUAUCUGCAAGACUUUCUCGAAUUCGCGCACAAAUGGUUCGAAGUUAUGGCCUAUACGGCUUCUCUACCUAUCUACGCAGACAAAAUCCUCGACGAGAUCGAUCCCAAACGCUACAUAAAACACCGACUCUACAGACAUCACUGCGGUUUCUUCAAAGAGUAUUACAUCAAAGACCUGGAAUUCCUCGGGAGACCGUUAAGUAGGAUUCUCCUUGUCGACAAUCAUCCCGCGAGCUAUAUGGUGCAGCGAGACAACGGAAUUCCCAUCUACUCGUAUUUGGGACAGCCGAGAGAUGCGGGCCUCAAGAGUUUGGUGUCGUUCCUAGACGACGUCCGCGACGAUGUCACUCCGAUACCCAAAACCAGACAGUACGGCAUAAUUUGGAGACAGAAACUACAGACCUUUCUGGAGAACUUACGCGAAAGUGAGGAAAGUGUUAGCUAG